AUUUUAGUUGUUUACCACCCGUCGUUGUCGAGUGAGUCGCCGAAUCUCACUUGACGUUCGCGUUUUACACUCGGUAAUCAACAAUCUCGCCAUUUGCUUACCAACUCGUUUCAAACUAUGCGUUCGUCGUACACGAUAGGCCGGUUGUGUUUGUGAACAGUUACGUUUCUUUGUCCGCGAAGGUUUUGUUCGUUCUAUUUGUGUCUGCGGAAUGCUCACUCCCGGCGUCUGCUGUUAGCUCUCGUCCUGUCUCUAGUCUGUGACCGCGGCAUGUGAACGUGUUGUCAGUUUCUCGGUAGUGUAGUGUUUUGUUUAUGUUGUGAUCAUGUCUCGCGUGUUUUCCGCUGUUCGUGUUGUGUUGUUUGUGUGUUUGUUGGAAGAGUUUGGCGUGUGGGCUCAACUGAAAGAUGGUGCGGAGUAUGGUAACCAUUGGGCCACCUACUACGAACAGCCUUGCUGUGCGACCAAACGACACGUUCGACAUCAUAAAGACCAUGUACGCGAGUUUACGUGUGGCAAGAUGUACUACCGCACACUCUAUCUGGAUGAGAAGAGAGAUGCUCUCUACGUCGGCGCCAUGGACCGAGUCUACAAGCUGAAUCUGAGCAACAUCAACCAAUCCAACUGUGAAAGGGAUUCUCUGACGUUAGAACCGAGCAGUGUGGCAAGCUGUGUGUCUAAAGGGAAGUCUGAACAUUUUGAGUGCAGAAAUCACAUCAGAGUGAUACAGCCAGUUGGAGAUGGAGCGAGAAUAUACGUUUGCGGAACAAAUGCUCACAAUCCAAAAGACUGGGUCAUAUAUUCCAACCUGACGCACCUCCACCGCAGCGAGUACGUCCCUGGCGUAGGCAACGGCAUCGCCAAGUGUCCGUACGACCCCAGCGACAACUCCACAGCUGUGUGGGUAGAGAGAGGCAACCCUGGGGAACUCCCCGCGCUGUACUCCGGCACCAACGCAGAGUUUACCAAGGCAGACGCUGUCAUCUUCCGGACGGACCUGCACAAUCUGACCACCGGCCGCAAGGAGUUCAGCUACAAGCGGACUCUGAAGUACGACUCCAAGUGGCUUGACAAGCCGCAGUUUGUCGGAUCAUACGACAUCGGCCAGUAUGUGUUCUUCUUCUUCCGAGAGACCGCUGUGGAAUACAUCAAUUGUGGCAAGAACGUGUACUCUCGCGUGGCAAGGGUCUGCAAACGGGACACCGGUGGCAAAAACAUCCUCAACCAAAACUGGGCGACCUAUCUCAAAGCGAGGCUUAACUGCUCCAUUCCCGGGGAGUUCCCUUUUUACUUCAAUGAAAUACAGAGCAUCUACAAGGUGCCGGGAGAUGACACCAAGUUCUACGCAGUCUUCACCACCUCCACGACAGGUCUGAUGGGGUCUGCCAUCUGCUCCUUCUCUCUGGACGACAUCCACCGUGUGUUCAAGGGCAAGUUCAAGGAGCAGGCUACAAGCAGCUCAGCCUGGCUGCCAGUCCUGAGCAACAGAGUGCCUGAGCCUAGACCUGGCGAGUGUGUCAAUGAUACCGAGACUCUGCCUGACACUGUUCUCAACUUCAUCCGCUCCCAUCCGCUGAUGGACUCAGCCGUUGCACAUAAGGACGACAAGCCAGUGUUCUACAAGAGAGAUCUACUGUUCACUCAUCUGGUUGUAGACAAACUCAAGUACGACGUGUUCGGAGACCAGAUGGAGUACACGGUCUACUACGCCGGCACCAACCAAGGCAGAGUCUACAAGAUCGUCCAGUGGUACGACGAUGAAGGAGAAGCCUCGUCAGUGUUGUUGGAUGUGUUCGAUGUGACUCCCAACGAACCAAUCAGAGCCAUGGAGAUAUCUAGGACGCCCAAGUCGCUGAUUGUAGCGUCGGAUGAACGUAUCCGUCAGAUAGACCUGGUCAUGUGUAAUCGCAGAUAUGACAACUGUCUACGCUGUGUACACGACCCUUACUGUGGCUGGGACAAGGACAGCAAUACCUGUAGACCAUACAUGACUGGGCUGCUGCAAGAUGUUACAAACAGCACUGCUAGUGUGUGUGAGAGUUCAGUGAUCAAGAAGAAGUUGUCUGUGACGUGGGGUCAGAGUGUACAUCUCAGCUGCUUUGUCAAGAUGCCACAAGUCCUCAGCUCUCAGACUGUCACCUGGUACCACUACAGCAAGGAGAAGGGCAGAUACCAGAUCAUCUACAGAGGUGACAAGUACAUCGAGACGUGUGAGCGUGGCCUGGUGAUUGUGACAGUCAACGAGGCAGACUCCGGUCGCUACGACUGCUGGCUCGGUGGCUCUCUGUUGUGUUCCUACAACAUCACCGUUGACACUCAUCGCUGUUCCCCUCCUGGCAAGUCACACGACUAUCACAAGAUAUACUCUGACUGGUGUCACGAGUUUGAGAAGUACAAGUACGCCAUGAAGACUUGGGAGCGCAAACAGGCGCAAUGCAGUACUCGCCAGAAUGACAGCAACCAGAACACACAUCCCAACGAGAUCUACAGAAGUCCACUCGUCUAGGUUGCCAUGUGUAUUUAGGUCAUUUCAGUUUGAGCUCUAGUUUUUAUCAAAGUGUUAGCGUUUAUUGUAGACUAGGGUGCUCUAUGGUUUUUAUUCCUAGCAUUAUUUUCUUUAGGUUAGUUGUGUAUAAUAUUUUCAUACUCAUUUUUAGACUCUUUCAAUGUGACCCGAUGAGUUAAAUAUUUACAAAAACUCUGGGACACUAAUUGUAGGAUUUGUCUAGUUUUAACUCAUUAUUUAUUACUUUGCAAGACUGUAAACGUUUUAGUGUAAGUUUUAUGUAUUUGUGUAUCCCUGUGUUUGUCUGUUUUUUUAGUAACUUGAUUUUGAAUAUUUUUCUGUUUCGUGUACAGUUUGAUUUACAAAUUAGAUGAUUUUACAUUUUCAAACUAGGGCUCAAAUAUAAAAACACGUCAGAAAUCAGUGUUAAUUACUGUAAAAAUAAUGUAAAAAUAUCUUUUGAAAUGUAUUCAUUUUUAAUACGCCCCUUAAAGCUGAUCUUGGCAAGAUAAAUAUUUUCUUUGGGUCUGUGAUACGGUAUAAAUAACUCUGUGUAAAUUAGAUUUGUUUGGGGUUAGAUUAGCUGGAUUCUCAGUGUUUCCUUUGCAAGUUGCUUAAAAGUGUACAAAAAUUGGUCUUAAUAACAUAACGUAAUCCAAAGUCUUUUCAUUAGUAUUUUUCCCUUCUUUGACAGAUUUUUCCGUUGUACUUAAAAAUUAUGUGGUGGAAUCAUUGUAAAGCUGCAUAUUAUAAAGGGGUGCGUCUGGUUUAGCUUUAAGAACACAGCUGACUUCUGACCUGGAGGUAUCAGGGUUCAAAUGUUACCAACUUAUUAUGUAACAACUUAAGGAGUGUUUUAGCCUGUUGAAAACGUAAUUCAGAAACAUUUAUGUCGUAAAUAAAUUCCAUAACAAUUCAUUCAGAUUUACUGUAUAUAAAUCAAACAACUUGACUUGCAAAGCAAACGCAGAGAAGUAAAUUACUAUCGAGUUAAACGAAUAUUUUAGUCUUUUCAUGCUUUUUAUUUUUGAAGGGGAUUAGUAUUAUUAACGAGCUUUGCUAAAAUAGUGUGCGUUUGAAACGAUCCCAGUGUACUCACAAAGAAAUGCUCAUUUGAGUCAGUUAAUUAAAAAUUUUUUGCUGUAUAUAUCUUCAUCUAAUAAUUUCCUAUGAAUCUAGCAAGAACAAAUAUCAUUGCUAUAGGACGUUACUGUUUCAUUUGUAUAGUUUGAAAACCAAUGAAGAUUUUAUAUAAUGUCAAAUGUCUAAAUUCUCAUACAUAAUGUUUCACCUCAGAUUAUCAAUCUGUAAAAGAAACCGAAGGUUUAGCUCUCUCCUAAUUUUCCAACGAGUAGUCUAAUACUUAACAUGUUAACUCUGGUGGUAGUUCACUUCUGUACCGUUAGGUUUUUUUCACAUCAGAAUGGUUCAGUGAAGUAGAUUAUUUUCUGAAGUAGUUAACACGCCAUUCUGGAUCCUAGAUAGUAUUUUUUUUACGUUUAAAACUCAGGUACAGAAGUAAGCAUUGUGAUUCUGAUUCUCCUAAGAUGUUCUGAUGGUGCUGGCAAUAAAAGAAUGUGCAUAUUUAUAACAAUAGAACUGAAUCUCUCUAUCUUCUUUGCUCUCUAUCUUACCCUCUAAUUGUAUCUUUUCCUGACAAAUGCUUACUCAUUGUCAUAUUUGUGUGGUGUGGAUAUUUGACACUUUGAUAGCUUUAUUUUUAUGGUUUGAAUCCUCGGAAUAAUAAUAUUUUGACAAAGAUGGUAAACAAAUGAGCGAAACUAUAAAGUCGAACCAACCAAAAUACUCCAACCAUUAAAUGUUGUUUCUUAUGAUAAGUUGCUCAAACCUAAUUUCUCUGUUGCGCUGUACUAGGACAAUAUGUGAUUGUAACCUAUUAUGUUUGAUUAUUGCCACAUACUGUUUAGGUAGCUCCUCAGUUUGAGAGAAAUAUUUUUGUAAGCAGGCUCUAUGUUGGUUGCUGCAUAGAUUGUAUCGUUUUGGAUUCGAUUCACUGCCACAAUAGAAUGGUUCCUCAAGUACAUACUCAUUUUACUUAUAUAUUAUAAUACCCAUUCAGCUACAAAUUGUCUUCGGAUAAGAAGUUUACUAGCUUGUACUGGAGUGUCGAUCGUCCGGUUUUGAUAAAGAAUAUUUUUAGUUUUAAUGAUAAUGCUUCAACUGUGCUAGGCUUUUUUAUACGGCACGGUUAAUUAGUAUUAUAUUUAAUAUUGUAUAUAUGAGUAAAAAUAAUGUGAAUUAUAAUUAAUUUUUAUGGAAAUUAA